AUGGUUUUGUUUAUAAUAUUUAAUAUUUUAAUUUACUCGCAUCUCCUAUUUGGGCUUAACGAAACCUUUAAUUAUGAAAAACUUCACAAAUUUGGAUUUGGUCGUCCAAUUAUUUACAGACGCAGGAAUUAUAAUUACGCGUAUCCCGAAGAACUGGUGACAAAGCGACCUGAUUACAUACGAUCGCCAUACAGGAAUGUGUAUCAAGGAGCUAGUCCGAACAAGGGUGACAGAAGGGUGUAUAAUAAAAGAUUCCAAUACAAGCCACAAAUUAUGGGUCAUAAAAUAAUUUGCAAAGGAGUGUUUGACUGUACGCUAACACAUUUGGCUAUCGAAACCAAUGGUAGUAUUCCAAUAAUAUUCCGUGGAGGCGUAGGGUACAAAUAUUUUACGAUUAUAAUAAAGGCGGAUGCCGGCGACGAGCUAUCUGGGAGAGUGAGAGCUUUCUGUGCACGUGUAAUAAGUGAUAAAGAAAACUAA